GAACGGUCAUAGGAUGUCACCUCCAGCAGCAUCAGUGUGUGACCGUACCAACGCACUUUUGGAGGAAUGGUCCAAAAUUCCCAGGAACACACUCCUCAACUUUGUGGUUCCCAGAAGAGUUGAAGCUGAAAGAGCUGCAACAGGUUUUCCUACACGCCCAAUCGCGGCUGCAUGCUUUGGAAUAAACUCCCACAAGGCGUGGAAAGAAAGCUCCUGCCUCCUUUUUUGAUAUACAGCCUCUGACUCCUCCACUUUAUUUGCUGAUCAGCUGCAGCGUGCGGCUGUUCCAUCGCUCGCUGCUGGGGCCGUCCCUUUGGCGGCACGGAUCAGCGCGCCCAGAAUGGCUGGGAACUGCGUUCCCGAGAGCCAGGACCUGAAGGAGAUGAGUGAGGAGGAACUGUGGGAGAUGAUCAAUGACAACCGCCACAGGAUCUCCUUGGGAGUGCGGCCAUGCAUCUUGAUCCCGUACUUGCGGCAGGCGAGGGUCCUCACGGAUUUGGACGAGGAUGAGAUCAUCUCCUGCCACAACCUCACCAACCGCUGCAUGAGAACCAGCUACAUGUUGGAUCUCCUGAGAGCUCAGGGAAGGAAUGGAGCGAUCGCUUUCCUGGAGGGUCUGAUGAUACAUUACCCAACUCUCUACACCCAAGUCACCGGACGCAAACCCAGCACAGAACCCUCAACCUUCAGCGGCCUGAUCAAAUACUCCGAGCUGACCGAGUACCUGAUCAGAGCGGUCACCGGGAUGCAGAAGGAGCUGCAGGAGGCCCGCAGCGAGGCGGGCAGGAUGAGCGCUCGCUGCGCCUCCCUGGAGUCGGAGAUGGGGCACGUGAUGGAGCAGGAGGAGAAAUCCGGACGCCUUCAGUCUGAGAACGAUCGGCUGCAGAGACACCUGAGCUCUCUGCAGCGGGAGGUCACCAAGCUGAAGGACGAGAAGUGCGACUUGUACAUACGAUACACGACGACCAUCGAGGAGAGGUCAGCCAUGAACGAGCGCCUCCACGACCUGAACCUGCAGGUGUAUCAGCUCCAGUCGGAGCUGCAGAGUGCCCAGAUGGGCGCCAAACGCCACUCGCUCCGCUUCGCCUCUGCCCCCGAGAGCCCACAGCUGCAGGAGGAGGUCUGGACGCUGCGCAGCCAGCUGGCGAAGGCUCAAACCCUCGACCCCGCCCGUCAGGACAUCCUGGCCCAGGACUUGGCGGAGGCCAUCGACAGUCAGGUGCAGCUGGCGGAGCAGCUUCGGUGCUACAGGGAGGAGAACGAAAUGCUCCAGAGAGACAAACAAGGGCUUUUGGAUCAGAAGGAGAGCCUGAACCUUCAAGUCCAGCAGCUCACUCUCGACUGCAAAAGGCUCCAGCAGAAGAGCACGCUGAUCCAGAGCCAGAUCAAGGAUCUGCAGGCUGAGAGAGACCAGGCGUACCUUUCCAGAGAAGAGGCCCAGGCCACCAUCGCCCGGAUCUUGGCGGAGAAGGAUGCCCUGAGGAGCCAGCUGGUGGAGAUGCAGGAGUCCGUGUUCACGCUGCAGGCGAGGCGCAGCAGCAACGCCAAACAGAAGGUUUCCAAGGUGAAGGACGGGAGGUGGGAGAGCUCAGCGUCUAGCUGUGAGGAGUGUCCCCGCCCAGAGCGGCGAAAGCUCUGUCGCAUGGACGCGGUGUGUCCCGAGACCUUCAGCAAUUUAGAGGAAGAGGACGCCGUCAUGAACAGCCUGCGAUCCAGAACUGCAGAGCCGCCCAGCCCGGAGUCUCUCCGUCGACGGGAGGAAAUCUUGUACGCGGACACCAGCACAGAAAGUGCAGAGACAGACCCUCUUUUGGACGACUUUGUGCUGCUGACCGAUGGAAGUGAAGACAAGAGUGAGGUUGAUACUUCUUCCCUCAGUGACUCUAACUCCUCUGGUAUUUCAAGAAAAUCCGCCCCUCCUUUUCUGGUGCGUUCUCGCCCCAAAGCCAUCCGGGUCACGGGUCGGGUCAUCAACAUCUCCUUCCUGGGUGAGGCGCUGCUCAGUCAGCUGACAGUCGUGGGGGGCAACAAGAGCGGAGUGUUUGUGCACCAGGUGACCGAGGGCAGCGCUGCCCAGGGGGUGGGCAUCAGCCCCGGGGCGCAGAUUGUAGAGGUGAGGUACGAGCACAACCAGAGGGCUCUGAGGAUGGUGCUGGAGGACUCCACCCUGGAGGAAGCCAUGUGGGCUCUGAGCCAAGUCACUGGCUUCUGUCACCUCUCCCUGCGGCCCAGACCAGAUGACUACGAGGCGCUGCUGCAGCAGCUGCAGAAGAGCGAGACGUCGUCCGGAGACUCCUUCUACAUCCGGGUCAACGUGUCUCUGCCCGCCGGCUCGACUGGAACCCUGGCCGUCACCUGUAAUGACAUCCUGCACGUGACGAACACGCGGCCCAACGGCGCUGAAGACCAGUGGCAUGCCUGCCAUGUGCACCCCUGCCAACUCCUGGACCUACAGAGUGGAACCAUCCCCAACUAUUACAGGGCGCAACGGCUGCUUAUUCGAACGAUUGAAGAGAUAAACUUUCAAACAAAGAAGUGUCAAAAGGCUGGGCGUGAGGUUUGCUGGAGAGAAGAGAAGGCGGUGAGGAUCGUCAGCACGGGGCGCCAGGGGAGGAACCCCAUGUGGGUCAGCGUGGAGGAAAACACCAGUGAGGGCACAGAGUCAGGAACCCCCAGCUCCUCCAAAUGCUGCGUGACCCUCAUGCCGUACACUCUGGUCACCCCUCACUACCCCCCCAUCUGCAGGCCGGUGCUGCUCCUGCCCUCCAUAUUGGGGCGGAUCCUAGACAAGAAGCUGGCGGGCUGGCAGGGCUUUGAGCUGUGUGAGCCCGAGGCGCUGACGUCCAGCGAGCACGCCGCCCGGCUCCAGAGGGCCGAGAUCCUGGAGGAGAGCGAGCAGGGCGGGAACCGCUGCUACACCCUGCAGAGUGUGGAGAAGGUCAUGACAAAGGGAACUCACUGCGUGCUGCCGUUGGGUCUGGACUGUGUGCGGCGGCUGAACCGCUUCCAGAUCUUCCCCAUCAUCAUCUUCAUCGGCCAGACUGCACGCAGCGCGCGGAAGCUCAGGUCAAAGCUGCAGCGCCACAGCCAAUCAGAGGAGCAGCUGCUGGCGUGCUCGAGGAGCGAGGAGCCGCUGCUGGACAAACUGUCGUGUUUGUACCACAGCGUGGCUCCAGACUCGUGGUGUGACCAGAACUCGCUGCUGACCUCGCUGCGCACCAUCAUCUGGGAGGAGCAGAGGAAGAUCGUGUGGGUGGAGCCUGACCUGUGGUGAACCAGGGGGGAGGGGCUAAUGCAGUCAUGGACACUUUAUACGCUUUACAAGAAAUGUUUUCUGUGAACUUGGGUAUGUAUCUAUGAUACUUUAAAGAAGGAAGUCAGUUGUGAGUAUGCAGCUGUGAUGUUGAAGUGUAUAGAAAUAUUUUCUGUUUGUGUUUUUAUAGCAGCUUCUCAAUGUUUUUGAUGAAUAAACACUUAAAGUCUCACUCCAA